AUGAAGCUUUUGGAUCUGUUCAUAACCUCGUCGAUACCAGUUGCUAAGAUUCUGGUGAUAACAGCAAUCGGAUUUUACUUGGCUCUUGAUCGUGUCAACAUUCUGAAUCAAGAUGCUAGAAAACAGCUCAACAACAUAGUUUUCUACGUGUUUAGCCCUUCACUCGUAGCAAGCAGUCUAUCUGAGACUAUUACUUAUGAAAGCAUGGUGAAAAUGUGGUUCAUGCCACUGAAUGUUCUGCUCACAUUCAUCAUUGGCUCGUUUCUGGGUUGGAUUGUUAUCAAAAUCACUAAACCUCCUUCGCAUCUCCGUGGCAUCAUAGUUGGUUGCUGUGCUGCUGGCAGUGAAACACCAAUACUUGGUAUCUCCUCUACAGUGCCACUGAUUCCUUCCAAAGACGUUGAAGUUGAGGAGCAGUUUGGAACUUGGAGAAAGAUCAAGCAAAGAGUAUGUUCUGUAGCACAGAAAAUCAAUCUAAGAACAAUCUUUGCUCCUUCGACCAUUGCAGCGCUUAUCGCUCUUGCUAUUGGGCUCAUUCCUACACUAAGGAAGCUACUAGUCGGCAACACAGCUCCACUCCGAGUGAUUGAGGACUCAGUCUCUUUAUUGGGGAGCGAUUCCUCUUCUGACUCUUAUUAUAGGAGGAAACCUUCUCAGAGGCCUGAGGAGUUCAGGAAUACAAAAGUCAGUGAUAGUGGGAGUGGUGGUUGCGCGGUACAAUCACACAACUAUUCGGAUCAGGAGAAAGCGAAUGCUCUGUGA